AUGAUCGUCACCGUUGAUGGAGCUGUGUCUGUCUUCAGUGAAAAACUGCUGAAGGCCGCCGGAUGCAUUCCACGCAAAAACCUCCUGAGUGCUGGCCAGUGCAUUGGUAAGAUCACCAAAGGGCGGAAGUUCAGACUUGGGAUUACGGCUUUGCACUUGAUUGCCCGGUAUGCGCCGCACAAGGUGUGGCUAAACCCGGGAGGAGAGCAGGCGUUUGUGUACGGGAAUCACAUCGUUAAGCGCCACGUAGGCCGGCUAACCGCGGACAUGCCCAGUGGUGCAGGCGUCUGUGUGCUGUCUUUGAAUGGGGACUUACCUUUGGGCUUUGGGACAAGCGCGAAAUCAACAGCAGAAAUUCACACGGCUCCAACGGAGGCUAUCUCGUUCUACCACCAUGCAGACGUUGGCGAGUAUCUCCGCGAGGAGGCAGACCUCGUUUAA